AUGUCAUUAUCAGAACUCACCGAGCAGCAACGAGCGACUAUCGGCGAUCGCGCGCGAGUAUGGGAAGUCCGACGCUUCUGCCAGGUGCUGCCAUCUGUCGUUAAAUACGUGCGUGGUUCGGACGCUGGCCUCACGAGCAGGCCAUUGGAGCCACACGGCAGAUACGUCAAGAAUGAACCAGACGGCGCGCUUGCUGCGUUGCUCCGUUGCGUCAUCCAUCAAACGGGCGCUGAUCUGGCCAUGGUCAGCUUGCUAGACGACCACACGCAAUACUUCAUCUCGGGGGCCAGUCGGGCCAACGCAGAUGAAGCCAAGGUCACCUUGGAAGACUCAACGCGAUGGUACGGAUGCGAGUCGGUAACUCAUCACGGUGGUCUGUGCGAGCGUACCAUCACGCGGCAGAAUGAGCCAGGCGGGAGCAUGGCACUCUACGAAGAGCUUGAUAUGGCUGAAUUGGAGAGAACCAAACAUCUCCCAUUUGUUCAGGGUGAUAUUGCCAAGUUCAGACAUUAUGCUGGUGUUCCUUUGAACCCCUAUGGAGGACCAAACAUUGGCACUGUCUUCACGUUCAGCUCAACGCCGUCGCAGGGUGGGCUCUCGGACGCCCACCGUUCGUACUUGUUUGAGACAGCGUCACACAUUAUUCGUCAUCUGGAACAAGCAGUAGAAGCACUGGAGGGUAAGCGUGUGCUCAAGUUCAACCAAGGUGUGGCUUCUCUACUCAAGAUGGGUACGAGCGCAGGACUGGCGGCUCAGCCUGCUCACAAGAAUCUUUCAUCAGGCGGCCAUACUGAACAUGAAGUUCUGGUGUCAAACCUCUAUCCCGCUGCAGCUCUGCAGCUGUACCAUCUUUCAGCUACAUUGCUCUACGAUACUUUCGAAUUUGACGGAGUUCGCAUCCAAGAGUUGGGCUCCUCGAGCAACAAGAACCCCAUCUGGAACGGCUCCAACGUGCUAGCCGAGCAUCUCGGACCAAAAGCGCACAGGCCUCAAGAACUAAGCCACAGUCUGACAAGCAGAUUGCUUGAAUUAUUUCCACAUGGGGCUGUGUUCCAAUUACUCAAUGACACUAGCGACAUCGUUGUUGCUACGAGCGCAGACGACGUCGCUUUAGUUGAAGAUACCCUCAUACUCAAGGAGCUUUCGAAAACCUUCCUGCGGGCUGAGCAGAUCGUCUUGAUGCCACUGUGGGAUGCGUUUCACGAACGUAAUAUCGGUGCGGUCCUCGGGUUCGCCGAGAAUCAGUCAAGAGUCUAUCUCGGCUCGACGGAUCUUGCUUCCAUUUCAGCAUUCUGCACCACGAUAAUGACGCAAGUGCGGCGUCUCGAAGCUCAAGCUAUAGACAAGAUUAAAUCAGACUUUCUCGGAUCGAUCUCACAUGAAAUGCGGACACCUCUUCAUGGCAUACUAUCAAGCCUUGAGCUUUUAGCGGACACACCACACAACGCACACCAACGCGACCUGCUGGAGACGGCAAGAUACAGCGGCUUGUCAUUGCUCGAUACUAUUGAGCGCGUUCUAUAUUUCAGCAACAUCAGUUCCGGGUCGCAAAGUGCACCUCUACCAAGAUCAGACUCAUCGAACGAUGGGCUUCUCCUUUCGUCAAGUCUUGCACCCCAUCAUUCGGCAGCUUCCUCGCAAGACAAGGAUACCGUAAAGCUGAUGGAUACUUGUGAGGACAUCAUUCACAGUGAAGUUCACAGGUAUCGCGUCAAAAAGGCUGUCCAGCCUGAUUCUUCGAUGCACAGUAAGUAA